UCUCUUCUGCAUGUAGAGUAACGAACUGCGCGCCGAGCCGGAGGCGGACCUCCUCUCGAUCGCAUCCAAACCCGACCGAUCCUGCUCCCCGGCCGCCGGCGAUCCGCGCCGCCGCCGCCGCCAUGAUAUCGUGGCAGGAGCUGUACAUGGUGCUUUCGGCGGUGGUGCCGCUGUACGUGGCGAUGAUCGCGGCGUACGGAUCGGUGCGGUGGUGGGGCGUCCUCACGCCGGACCAGUGCUCCGGCAUCAACCGCUUCGUCGCCGUCAUCGCCGUCCCGCUCCUCUCGUUUCACUUCAUCUCCAGCAGCAACCUCUACGCCAUGAACCUCCGCUUCCUCGCCGCCGACACGCUGCAGAAGGUGCUGAUCCUCGCCGCGCUCGCCGUCUGGUCGCGCUUCCCCGCGCGGUCACCGGCGUGGUCGCCGCUCGACUGGUCCAUCACGCUCUUCUCCGUCUCCUCGUUGCCGAACACGCUCAUCAUGGGGAUACCGCUCCUCGUCUCCAUGUACGGGCCCUACUCCGGCGACCUCAUGGUGCAGAUCGUCGUGCUCCAGUCCGUCAUCUGGUACACGCUCAUGCUCUUCCUCUUCGAGUUCCGCGCCGCCCGGGUGCUCAUCGCCGGCCAGUUCCCGGACACCGCAGCGUCGAUCGCCGCCGUGCACGUCGACCCGGACGUUGUGUCACUCGUGGGCAGCCAGGCCGAGGUGCACGCCGAGGUGGCGCCCGACGGGAAGCUGCGGAUGAUCGUGCGUCGGUCGUCCGUGUCGAGGCGAUCCCUCGCCGUCGCCACGCCGCGGCCGUCGAACCUGACCGGCGUGGAGAUCUACUCGGUGAGCUCGUCGCGGAACGCCACCCCGAGGGGCUCCACCUUCACCCUCGCCGACAUACCCGGCCACCACCCACCGAACAGCGCGCUGCGUGCGUCCAGCUUCGGCGCCGCGGACCUAUUCUCACUGCACUCUUCGUCGAGGCAGCAGACGCCGAGGCCGUCCAGCUUCGACGAGCACGCGGCGGCGCGGGCCAGAGCAUCCGCGACAGUGGCUCCCAGCAAUGACCCCAACGACACGCACAUGAUCGACUGGAGCUCCGGCGCUUCCGCCGCGUCGGAGGUGAGCGGCCUGCCGGUGUUCCGCAGCGGCAGGGAGGUGCGCCGACUAGUCCCCUGCGACGCGCCGUCCAUUGCCUCGUCGAGAGUGAUCCGGCCGCCGGGAGCGAUGGACGGGGAGCGAGCGGCGAGCUUCAACAAGGCCGUGCCCGGGCAGGACGAGCUGGCGAAGCUGGAGGCCGGCUCGAAGACGGAGCAGCAGACAGCGGCGGUGGCGAAGGACGGUGGCGCGGGCGCGGAGAGGGCGGGAACGCAGCAGACGGCGCCGGCCGGCGUGAUGAUGCGGCUCAUCCUCACCACGGUAUGGCGCAGGCUGAUCCGGAACCCCAACACCUACGCCAGCCUCGUCGGCCUCACCUGGUCGCUCAUCGCUUUCCGGUUCCACAUUGCGAUGCCAAUCAUAGUGGCCAAGUCAAUCUCCAUACUCUCCGAUACAGGGUUGGGAAUGGCCAUGUUUAGCUUAGGACUGUUCAUGGCAACGCAGCCAAAGAUCAUCGCCUGCGGCCACUCCGUCGCGGCGGUCAGCAUGGCCAUCCGCUUCCUCGUCGGCCCGGCUGUCAUGGCCGCCGCGUCCGCCGCCGUCGGCCUCCGCGGCACGCUCUUGCGUAUCGCCAUUGUUCAGGCCGCUCUGCCACAAGGAAUUGUGCCGUUUGUGUUCGCGAAGGAAUACAAUCUCCAUGCUGCCAUCCUUUGCACUUUGGUCAUCUUUGGCAUGCUAAUUGCUCUACCAAUCUCCUUGGUCUACUAUAUUAUCCUUGGACUACUGUGAACGAAUCAGCAACGAUAGUAAAAAAAGCCUUACACGUGGCGGAGACCGGGCGGUGCAGAACUGUGGAUGGCCGGCACAUGUUCUAGCGUACGUGCUUAUGCUUAAGCUUGAUUAAUCUAAUAAAGCAUUUCUGAUGAAGUAUGAACUGUUCAUGCAUUUGUAGGCUCGUAGCUUCUAAUUCCUUGGUUGAGACUUGAGUAGAUUUGGAGAACACACCAUCUGACAGUCUCUCACUUCCGGGCCAAUGGAAUAACAUACACACGGAAGCAACUUAAUCGAUGUUUUAGUCAUUAGUUCUCCACAUAUUUCUUCUGUAUUCUUCUGAUCCCAUUUCUGCACUAACAAUUUUGCGAGGAGAAAAGGCACUGAGGUGCUCCUUUCUUGGAAUGGACGGCACAUGUUCUGAAGGACUACAAGUGGUGUGGUUGUAGUGGUGUGGUAUCCGUGGGAGUUUCUUUCUCUCGCUCCUUAUAGAUUUAUUCCCUAGUUUCAGAACUCCUUUUCCUCAGGAUCUUUAUAGUUAUCUUCUCCUCUCUCUGUUUUUCUUUUUUUCCUGGAUUUGGUUCUCUAUUUAUAGUGCCAUGGGAUACCACAGCUCGGUUUUGACCGAGGAACCAGGAACGUGCUACUACAGGGAAUGAAAUUUCCUUCAUCUUAUGCCUUGUAGGGUAGCUAUUUAGGCCUUGUUUAGUUUCUAAAUUUUUU